CCCUGCAGCUCCGUAGCUAUUUACUUUCUUCUUCUUGUUUUCUCUUUGAAGCUUUCAAACUUGAAGAACAAACCAAUUCCCUCUUCUCUCUCCAUCCAUCUCUGUCUAAGCCUGGUCAAAAAGAACAAACUUUUUUCAAGUUCUUGACUUCUUCUUUGAAAAAUCUAAGUGGCUCUUAUUUGAUUUUGCGUUUCAAGGUUAUUUCAUUACAUUUUUGCCUUUGUCAAAACAUUUUCUCUUCAUAUACCCUUUUACCUUGGUGCAAAAUUUUUUUUAAUGCUAUUAUAAGUUCAUAGUGACACCCAGUUGUAUACAUAGUAGCCAUGGCUUGUUCAUUGAAAUGCAAUCUCAGUACUUCUAGGAUGAACGAGACUAUUCUGAACUCAAAAAUCGCAGGUGCUUCUGGGUUUUGUCCAUCUUUUGGUACUGCACGAAUUGGAGAAUCCAAAGCCAAUGGCUUCCCUAUUCUGAGAAUAGAUUUCAUGGGCAAACCACUUGUUUUCCCAGAUCAAAAUGACCACGAAGAUUCGAGUACCAAAGCACCAAGCAAUUUCAUUGUUCGUUCACAAGCUUCGAUCUGUGUGAGCAGAGCUCUCAGAUGGUGGGAGAAAACCCUUACACCCAAUAUGGUUGAGAUCCAUUCAGCUCAAGAGCUUGUUCACUCCUUGCUUAAUGCUGGUGAUAAAUUGGUGAUUGUUGACUUCUAUUCUCCUGGAUGUGGAGGCUGCAAAUCCCUCCAUCCUAAGAUUUGUCAGCUGGCUGAAUCAUACCCAAAUGCAAUUUUUCUAAAAGUAAACUAUGAAGAGCUCAAAAUCAUGUGUCAGGCUCUCCAUAUUCAUGUCCUGCCAUUUUUAAGGUUCUAUAGAGGUGCAGAAGGGCGCUUAUGUAGCUUUAGCUGCACUAAUGCUACCAUCAAGAAAUUCAAGAAUGCAUUGGCUAAGCAUGGGGCAGAUCGAUGUAGCCUAGGCCCAGCCAAGGGUUUAGAUGAAGCUGAGUUACUGACAUUGGCAUCAAUGGGGGAAUUGCCGAUAGGCUUACCUUUAACAUCCACUAAAGAAGAAAGUGCUGGGGAUUUUAGUGUGAGAAGCAUUGAUUUGCCUGGUGUUUGUAGCAAUACUGCGGUUGGAGUUUGAGUUAUAGUACUAAGAUUUAUGAAAAAUAGUAAUGGGAUUGCAUUGGGUGGUUUUUAUUCUUGAAUUGUAUAUAUCUAUUAUUGGAUUUCCAGAAGCAGGCCGGUUUCCAGGUUUUCUUUUUGAUUCAACCUUGAUCCCAGACGCUUCAUGGAAAUUAUUUAGGCAUUGGAGAUUGUAUUAUUGUCAGGGAUCAUUGUCAUCUAUUGAUUAUUUUUUUUCUUGGUC